UUAAUGCUCUACAAGGCAAUAUAGCAUUAUUUUAAAUAUAAAUCUUUCCCGGGAACUCAGAUGCACACAGAAAGAAUGUCUUUCUUCUUUGUCUUGUCUUUCACUGACAAUUACCAGCUAACAGCUUUUUUGAGUCAACGAAUUGCAGCGCCAACUAGCUCACUGUUUCACCCACAUUCUUCUUUGAUCUUGAUUGUCAAUAAAUUCUGACGACUUAUACAGCUCUAUCAUGUCUUUGCUUCUUUUUUGGAUUUGAUUUCUUUGAGCAAAGAAAAGUUUAGUUUGCUCUACAAAGUUUGAAGCUUUAGCUUUCCUGUUGUCCAACCAAAAGAAUAUUAAGCUUCCUUUCAUUAGUUUCCAAUUGCUCCAAUAUUCAUUUAGUUUUCCCAGAGAUUUUCUGCAAGUUCUCCCGGGAAAAGUUGGGAUCUUUUAUCAUCCAAUAGCUCAUGGAAUUAAGGAAAGUAGGGUUUUGAGCAGAAGUAGAAAGGGAAAAUGGAAGAUGGGAGAGGCGUGGCAGAGAAGAAAGGACCAGAUGAUGUUGUACUUCAAAUUUCGACAAACCAAGAACCUUUCCUUACAACUCAAGAAAACAGAGAUUCUAAAUUUUACACUCUUUCAAAGAGUUCCCAGCUGGGGUCUUCUCCAAGGAAUUCAGAUCUUGAGUUGUCAGCAUUAGGGAAUCCAAGAUUGAGAAUCCAGACUUCCACAUUUGCUACUUCUCCUUCUUCAGAGAUAGCAAAGCAAAGUCCAACCCCAACUCCUACCAGGCCACCUAAGAUCCCAGCUACUCAGUCAAUUACAAGAAGAAAAUCUUUUUCCCGCUCCGAGUUUUCGAAGCCAAAAUCAAGAUUUGUGGAGCCAUUUUAUCCAAAUGAUGCACAGUUAAAAGAAGAGAAGAACCAUUUGGCAAAUUCAAGCUCUCCUUACAAUAAAUCACCUAAUAGAGUUAGUGCAUCAACCCCGAAAGAUCACUUGAAAUCAGCUCCAAUUACCCCAAGGACUCCUUUGAUUGCAUCUCCGGGACCAGAGGAGGAGGAGGAAGAGGACGAGGAGGUCUAUAAGAAUGCAAGCCUUAAAGUGACCAGAAAAAUGGGUAAGAAAUGGAAAGUACUGAUCUUGUUUGAAUUUACCAUAUUUGUUUGCUUUGGGGGGUUGUUAAUUGCUAGCUUGACUGUUGAUAAAUUGAAGAAUUCGACUAUUUGGAGUUUGCAAUUAUGGAAAUGGUGUGUGCUGAUAUUAGUUAUUUUCUGUGGUAGAUUGGUCACUGAAUGGUUGUUAAAUAUUUUGGUUUUCUUGAUUGAAAGGAACUUUUUGCUUAAGAAGAAGGUACUUUAUUUUGUAUAUGGACUAAAGAAGAGUGUUCAGGCUGUUAUCUGGUUGGGUUUGGUGCUUCUAGCCUGGGGUUUGCUGUUUAACCGAGGAGUUAAGCGAUCAAGGCAUACUUCCAAGGUUCUAAAUUAUAUUACUAAAGCUCUAGCUUCUUUUCUGAUUGGGGCUGCCAUAUGGCUACUCAAAACUUUGUUUGUCAAAUUACUAGCUUCUUCUUUUCAUGUCACUAGAUUCUUUGAUAGAAUACAAGAAUCAAUCUUUCAUCAGUAUAUUCUUAUAACUCUUUCGGGGCCUCCUGUUAUGGAGAUGGCUGAGAGAAUCGGCAGCAGUAAAUCUACUCCUGGCCACUUGACAUUUAAUAGUUUUAAGAAGCAAAAUGAAGAUAAAAAAGAAGAGGUAAUUGAUGUGGAUAAGCUUAAGAGAAUGAAGCAUGAAAAGGUUUCUGCUUGGACCAUGAAAGGAUUGGUCAGUGUGGUCACUGGCACAGGGUUGUCUACUCUCUCCAACACACUUGACGAGAGUGAUGAGGAGGAGGGUGAGCAGAGCGAGAUUACUAGUGAAUGGGAAGCAAAAGCCGCAGCUUAUAAGAUUUUCAAGAAUGUAGCAAAGCCUGGAAGCAAGUACAUUGAUGAAGAAGACCUCCUGCGCUUCAUGAAAAAGGAGGAGGUGGACAAUGUGAUCCCACUGUUCGAAGGAGCAACAGAAACUAGAAAGAUUAAGAGAUCAACUUUAAAAAAUUGGCUGGUGAAUGUUUAUAAUGAGAGGAAAGCACUGGCACAUUCCUUAAACGACACCAAAACGGCUAUUGAGGAGUUGAAUAGGCUAGGUUCAGGAGUUGUGGUUGUGGUGGUCAUCAUUGUGUGGUUACUUAUCAUGGGAUUUUUAACAACCAAAGUUCUUGUCUUCAUUUCAUCCCAAUUCUUACUGGUGGCAUUCAUGUUCGGGAACACUGCUAAGACAGUAUUUGAAGCCAUGAUAUUUGUUUUUGUGAUGCACCCAUUUGAUGUGGGUGAUCGUUGUGUUAUUGAUGGAGUACAAAUGGUUGUUGAAGAGAUGAAUAUUUUAACAACAAUCUUUCUGAGAUAUGACAAUGAGAAGAUAUUCUAUCCAAACUCGAUCCUAGCUACCAAACCCAUCAGCAACUUUUACAGGAGUCCAGAAAUGAGUGAUGCUGUAGAAUUCGCAGUUGAUGUUUCCACUUCAAUUGAAACUAUUGGACUUCUGAAAGCUAAAAUAAAAGCGUACUUGGAGAGUAAGCCUCAGCACUGGCGUCCUGGCCACAGCGUUCAGGUUAAGGAGAUUGAAGAUGUGAAUAAAAUGAAAAUGGCUCUCUAUGUCAAUCACACCAUAAACUUCCAGAAUGCUGCAGACAGAGGCAACCGAAGAUCUGAUCUAGUGUUAGAGAUGAAAAAAUAUUUUGAAGAGCUCGGCAUAAGAUAUCAUCUUCUUCCUCAAGAAGUUCGUCUCAGCUACGUUAACUCCCCAAUUCCACCUCUUGCAAGAUGAUUGUCAGUAUUCUUCCAGAUACAAUUCAUUUCUGCUGCAUGUAUGCGCCUUUAUUCUGUCUAGUCACGUACAUUUUGUAGAUUCCUGCGCUUGAGUUAGUUGAUUCUACAUUUCACUUUCUGCAGCUGAAGCAUAAGAUAUUUCAUUGAUAUUAAAGUUCAUACCAAAUUUUUUACGGAGAGGAAAGGGAAAGAUCGGAGUCAUCUCAAAGUGAGGGUUCAGUACAGGAUUUGAGUUAGAAUAUAUGAAGAGACUGCCCCUCCAAAGUGGUGUCAAAAGUAGCAGCAAUCAGUUUUCGUUUGAUUAUUUUUCCAGUUAUUAAGAAAAAAUGUCGAUGUUGUAAUUAUUAAAUUCUUUAUUUCUGAGUCAUGAUCUUUUCCAAAUUCAAGCUUUUGGGUGAUUUCCUAUUCAUCUUAGCAUUGGUUUGGUGUGGACUCUUGUAUCUUCUGAGAGAUGUGAUUAUGGUAGUUCUUGAACUGGGCAUUUGUUGUAGUCUUUUGUUGAUUAAUUUCAAGCUUUUGGUUGAGUUA